AUGUCCCCGCAAGGGCAGGUCCUGAGCGCCCAUGUGUCAGGCCGGGUGGUGAUGAAGAGCUAUCUGAGUGGCAUGCCUGAGUGCAAGUUUGGAAUGAAUGACAAGAUCGUCAUUGAGAAGCAAGGCAAAGGCACAGCUGAUGAAACAAGCAAGAGCGGGAAGCAAUCAAUUGCCAUUGAUGACUGCACCUUCCACCAGUGUGUGCGACUCAGCAAGUUUGAUUCUGAACGCAGCAUCAGCUUUAUCCCACCAGAUGGAGAAUUUGAACUCAUGAGGUAUCCACCACCAAGGACAUCAUCCUUUCCUUUUCGCGUGAUUUCGGGAAGUGGGACGCACCAAGCUGGAGGUCAAGGUGGUCAUUAA